AUGAUGUUUAUGAACAAAGAAUCCGACCCGAUCCUAUGCCGCAUCUUCCCAACCUUUCUGGAUGGAGCUGCCCUAAUCUGGUUCUCCAACCUCCCUAAGGGUUCCAUUUCAAACUUUGAUGAGCUGGCCGACCAGUUCGUCAAUCACUUCGCCACAUCCAAAAUAUACGUCCACAAUUCUGAUUACCUGAGCACCAUGAAACAAGGGCCAAAUGAAAGCCUGAAAGACUACAUGACCAGGUUCGCCGAAGCAAUCAAUGAAAUACCCAACCUAAACCCUGAAGUCCAUCUCCACGCCUUGAAGAGUGAUCUCCGACCAGGAAAAUUCCAAGAGUCUAUAGUCAUAGCAAAACCAAAGACCCCGGCCGAGUUCUGA